GCCGAUCUUCCGUCCUCCUCCCCCAUACUUCCACCGACACAGCCACCCCAGCAGCUCUGUCACCGGAGCCCGUACCUGCCCUCUCCGCUCCUCGUGCGCUACAUAAGCCUCCACGCAUGCGAAGUGACGCUCCCUUCAUUUGAGCGCAAGCAGCACAAAGCACAGCCUGUUGACCACCAUGGCAGAUGAGGAUUUCAACUGCGGAGACUCAGGGGCUUCUACUACAUACCCCGUGCAGUGUUCCACACUGAGGAAGAAUGGAUUUGUCAUGAUUAAAGAUCGUCCCUGCAAGAUCGUUGAGAUGAGCACCUCCAAGACUGGCAAGCAUGGGCACGCCAAGGUUCACCUUGUUGGACUUGACCUCUUUACUCAGAAGAAGUGUGAAGAUCUCUGCCCAUCUACCCAUAACUUGGAUGUCCCACGUGUAUUAAGGAAGGAGUUCGAGGUUCUCUGUAUCACAGACGGUUACUUGACCCUCAUGAAUGAUAAUGGAGAUACCAGAGAGGAUCUUAAAGUGCCGGAGGGUAAACUGGGCGAAGAAAUCGAAGAGAGAGUUGACGCAGGCGAAUCAGUUAGGGUCACUGUGUUAGAAGCUAUUGGUGAAGAGCAUGUCAUCUCCUGUAAGAACACAAAAUAAGUAAAGUACAAAGCUGGAGACCUCAGUCUUGUCCUCCGUUAUGGUUUUCAAGCCUCACCAAAGCUAUUGGCCUUCACCCCUCCACCAGUUUCUCUGCUGGUCAAUUUAAAAUCCAAAUUCCCGGACUGGCUCGGCUUCUUCAGCUGCACCUCAGGCCUGGGGCAGCCUGGCACUCUCUACAAUCAAUGAAGUUUUCCUCCCUUAGCCAUCACAGCUUAAUUUUGUGGGUAUUAAUAUUACUCCAGGUAUUCUUUGCAACAUCACAGUAAUUAAUAACAUUCCUUUUUUAUAGUAUUUGUGAUAUGCUUUGUCCCACUGUGUUCAUUCCAUCAAAUCGUUCUUUCAUUUUUGAGUUGCCUGUAAACAUGUAUUUCAAGUCUCCUUUACAGUUUAGCUACUCCACCUUGUGUUUAACUAAAAUUUCCCCUUAAGUGAUUUUUUAUUUCUGCUGACAUUAAAUUUUAAGCAAGCUCCAGAUCUUCUCUGUGCACAUGUCAGAAAACCCCAAAAUACAGCUUUUUGUAUUGUCUUUCUGCCCUCUGAAAAUGAAUGAAUGCAUGCAUUUACAUGCAAACUACAAAUUACUUCUGCGGUUAUACAUUUCUGUAAGCGGAAUAAUUAAAUUGACUCUUGUGGGCAAGUUUUCAACUGCAUCGAGCUGCGUCUCAGUAAAAUUGUCCUUUUCUAGCCGGGAAAUGUCUCAGCUGAGGGUUUUUGGGUGGGGCCAUUUUCUCAAGAAACCUUUUCUUUUCACUUGAGGCCUUUUUAUGAGCUGACUGUUGUAUAGAAGCUGAUUUUGAAUGAACAAGUCACUGAAGACCUUUACUACUCUACAACUUUGUUGGAAGUUCAGUUUCAAUCAUUACAUUAUUACAGUUCUAAAGAUAUUGACACUUCCUGGCACAAAAUGGUGAAAACAAGAAACUGUUAGGUCUUGUAUGAUAGCUCUUAUUCUAGAUGGUUGAUAUCUUGCAGUUUAUCUAUCUUGUCAUAGGAAGACAUCGGUGCCCAAAAACAAAAGAUGGUGUUGGCCUUAAGCUACAUCCUAGGUGUUGGAGUUAGAUAGUUGUGCGUCCAAAAACAAAUUUGGGGGUGGUUGCAUUUAAUGGGAUUUGAAGCGUUUUGUGCAGUCACAAUCUGAAAGUGUUUGCAGCUCAAAUGGAGGAUGAUUCUCCGGGUUCACAGCCACACAGGAUAACAUUUGUGUAAACAUUGAUAAUGGCAAGAAGUCAGUGUUCCCAUGCAGUGGGUUGACCUGGUGGUCAGGUCAUCUGUUUACUCCCCUCCUGUCUAGAACACAAGUAAAUUCAAACUAAGUGGAAUAUUUUAAGUGUGUUGGCAAUAUAAUUGAAGUUUGAAAUUCAUAAUAACCUGCUUUUUGUUUUUUUUAAAUGACUUAUUUUGACGUGUUUCUUUCAGUGCUGGUUUAGUUUGACAUUCAGUUACAAGGAUGAAUAAUUGAGUUGCAUUGUUUUUCAACUUCUGUCUCAGCAAAACCCUUCUCAAGUUUCUCGUUCAAGUGAUGGACCUGUGCUCCCCCCAAAAAAAAAAAAAUCAUAGUAAUUUGUUUAGUAUGCAUGGUCAAAUCUGUUUCCUCCAGCAGAAAUCCCUUAAUGGGUGGGGGGGUGUUAGAGAAGUGUUUACAUGACAAUAAUUAAAUAACUGAAACGUCUAUAACCACACUGGUAUUGAUAUUGGAAGGUAUUCUUUUUUAGCUUUAGACCUCUCCUUAGUGAAACGGCAGCAGGUCUGUUGCUUUUUUGUUCUGACCUCAUUCCACCUGAAGUACUAUUUUACUUCAGUCAAGACACCAAAGGUAUCCACUGGGUUUUGUUGUGUCUAUUAAGCCGUAUGUUCAUGUCCUCCUCCCUCCUUUCUUGUUCAGUGUGUCAGUUCCCUGACUUAUCAUCUUAGGAGCGGUUACAACAGUGGCUUUCAAUUCUAGCUGUCACCUACUUAGCCAUCUAGAUCAUGACCUGUGGUACCGACUGGCACAGCAGCAGUACACUGCACCUGCAGAUAACAAAAAGUGGUAGCCACGCGACAUUUCAAGUUUGAUAAGUCAUAUCUUCAAACAGGAGGAAUUGUCUGACGAGCAAAUGGCCCCUCUGGAGUCAGGAGUACAGUAGGAACUUUGCAUCGCAUUGCUCCCUGCAGGCUGUUUUGUAUCUGUUGGCUAAUUGUUCUCGUUUUGUUGCAAAUGGGUGGACGGGCAAAGACGACUAGAAGUCCUUUAUCGCUUCAGGCCACAGGCGCAUCAGUGAUUAUAUCAUUCUCAGGGAGAAGAGUGUGUGGGGGGGACCUAAACGGAUCAUAUGCAAAAUACAGGAAAUGCAGAGUAUAUGGCAGUAAAAGUUGAGCAAGUUUUCGCAUUUAGCCAACGCACCUUGGCAUUGUGUUGAGUCCAUUAUUUUGGUUAUAAGCAUUUGAAAACCAGAUUGUUUUUACUCUACUCGCUCCUUUUUCAAUGCAUGUGACUUUCAAGAAGAUACUUAUAUGUAAUCAGCAGUGAGGCGUACUAUUCACCCACCAUCUCUACAUCUGUAACAGAAGACAAGUCUUCCUUAAGCCAUAUUCUAGCCCUGUUACAUUUAUAACCAAGGUCAGAUGCAGUAAAAUGGACUUGAAUCUCACCCGCAGUUCUCUCUCUGGCCUCUGAUAUGUAGCACUCAAUUCCCACCACACAUCUCAUUAAUGAUCCUCUUACAUUUUCGCUUAAAGGCGUCUCAUACACAGUGACUAUUAGGACUGACCUCGGGUUCCACUUAAGACAAUGUUUACACUAUAAAGGGAGACCACCCCAACCCUGGCUUCAAAUGCUGAUCUAGGAUCCAAUACUGCAAGGGAAACAACUACAUUAAAAAGAAUAAAUAAUAGUAUGUGACAUGAGGUCAGAUUUUCUCAGGGCUUCAAAUUAAGUGUUAGGAAAUCUGUUAUGUUAGUGGUGUCAGUAGUGAGGAUCACAGAUUUUUUUUUUUUUUUUUUAAUUAUUAGAAGCCCAUAUAUUUCUGGUGUUGGAGUUAAAUGAAUUUUUCUUUCCUCUCUGGCACCUGUUGUCAGAGACACUAGUUGCUUCACAAUUUCUCUAUCGUUUUCUCAUUACUUCAUUAUUCUGGUAAGAAACAGUGGCUUAUAUCUUUGUUUUAGACCACAGGUACAAUGGGAGAGUUGGUCUUGUAUUCUCUUUGUUUUCGUUGUGUAUUCUGAGGAACGUGGGUGAAGGGUAUUUCCCCAGGGUGGUUGUAACGGCUUAAGAGGGGGAAACUGACUUUAAGCCUCUCCUGGAAAAUAAAGAUGCAAAGAUUUCUCUCUUCUCUAUUCUAAGAAAUGUAUUGCUGCUGUCUUAAUAAUCACAACUGUGUGUUUUUAUCUUGGGGCAAAAAUAAAGUUACUGGCCACGAGA